AUGUCACCAUCACUUGCUUUAUUUCCUGCGGCUCCUUCUAAGAAGCCAGCACAGACAUCUCAUAACUCACCAUCGCGUUUAAGAUCCAACACCUCUCCAGCACAACUUCGGUCGCCUUUAAAAGAAAGUUUCGAUCAUAUUACAUCUCAUCAAAAGAUGCCGCCUAGCGAUGAACCGAACUCUCACCUUCGCAAAGGACCACCUGCCCAUCGUUAUCCACAGGAGAAACUCACUAUUGCGACUCUAGCCAGAGCGAGGGAGCAACAGGCUGCUGCUAGGGAACAUCAGUUCAGCUCCGAAACAUCGAGUUUGAUACUGGAUUCCCCGACCGACCCGUCUUCUCCCGAGUUUGAGAUCGUCAAGUCGGAACCUCUACGGCCAAAAGCCUCAUACUUGCAAGAACCCAAGUGGCAAAUGAUAACACCGCCAAAUACUACGCCCCCAACUACAGCAUCCUCAUCAACAAGCGAUAAAAAGCCAUCUCCUUCCCCUGCGUCACCUGCACAUUCGCAUCUAAGCCAGAUGUCCCAGGAUGACGACGACGACGACGAUAUAUUAGAUAGUUCCAACAUGAACCCCGUCGAACUAUCGAUCGCGAGGCAGAUAUCGAUAUCCAGACAACAGCGCAAGAUGCUGAAGCCGCUAAAUAAGGUCUCAGUUAGGAAACAGCCGCCACCGGUUCCUAAGAUUGCUAUCGCGCAGAAUGAGAGGCUCGCCGAAACGAAGACCGCAACGCCAACCCUGGUUAUUCCUGAAGAAGAGCCAACAGCACAGUCUCCCCUGGCUUACCAUCGAAAGAGUGAACGUGUCGUUUUGGACCAGGCGUAG